CAUCCUCACUCAACAAGAAGAUGGCGGAGAACGGGAGAGAAGAGCUGGUGAUCACUGACGCUGAAUCAGAGCCACUGGCCGGAGAAAGGAGCUUAAACAUCGUGGGGAAGGAGCAGUGAUCCAGAUGUGUGUCUGUUACUGAUGUAUGAAGGUGGUGGAGCAGGGCUGCAGUCUGCUGCGCAGGAUGGAGAUCUGUGUUGCUGAGGCUGAGAAGAGGAGCGGCAAAAAUGCAGUGAACAUGCAGGAGAUGUUCACCGUGUACCUCAUCGAAACAAGGCCAAUGGAUGCAGCCGCUGAAGGUUGUAAUCCAGCCCCCGACUCUCUGUGGAGGAGAUACAGUGAAUUUGAGCUGCUGCGGAGCUACUUGAUUGUCACCUAUCCAUACAUUGUGAUACCUCCCCUGCCUGAGAAGAGGGCAGAGUUUGUGUGGCACAAGCUGACUGCAGACAACAUGGACCCAGACUUUGUGGAGCGCCGCAGAGUUGGGCUUGAGAACUUCCUAAUGCGCGUGGCGUCUCAUCAAGUCCUCUCCAAUGACAAGAUCCUUUACCACUUCCUCACUGACGAGCAUGGCUGGAAAGAAGUGGUGUUUGAGACAGGCUUUCAGGCAAAGGCAGAUUCACGGCUAAGAGCUCUCAGUGCCACCUUCCGGGUGAGAAAUACAAAUAAACGCUUCAUGGAUAUGAAACAGUACAGUGAUGAGUUGCAGUCCCACACAUCUCAGCUACUCCGAGCCAGAGCAAGAGUUGCUGAUCGACUCUAUGGUGUUUUCAAAGUCCAUGGGAACUACGGCAGAGUCUUCAGUGAGUGGAGCGCCAUCGAGAGAGAAAUGGGAGAUGGACUGCAAAGUGCCGGUCAUCAUAUGGAUGCAUAUGCUGCCUCAAUAGAUGACAUCUUAGAGGAAGAGGAACAUUAUGCAGACCAGCUGAAAGAAUAUCUCUUCUAUGCUGAAGCUCUGAGGGCAGUGUGCAGGAAACACGAGCUGACCCAGUUUGAGCUGGAGGUGUCCUCCCAGGACCUCAUCUCGAAGAAGCAACAACGUGAGGAGCUGGCUACAGGGGUAGUACGGACAUUCUCCUUCAAAGGAAUGACCAACAAGCUUUUUGGGCAAGAGGCGCCUGAGCAGAGGGAGGCCAGACUGAAGCUGAUAGAGGAGCUGAUAGCAGAGGGUGAAGACACAGUCAAGGAGAAGACAGCCGAGUGCGAAGAGCAUGUCGAAAAGGCGUGGGUGGACAUGCAGCGUUUUGCGGAGCAGAAAGACAAAGAUCUGAGGGAAGCACUUAUCCACUACGCUGUCAUGCAAAUCAGGAAUACAAGUGUGGAGCAAUGCCAAAGAGUGUUUCCUCAAGAUGUGAAGUUGAAACCAUAUCCCAAGGUUUUCCUCCCUCAGUGAUUGGUGCAAAGUGUCCCCUGGUUGAGGUGUGUAAACCAUCACACCGAGACAUAAUGUCUCAUAAAAUGUUUCUGAAAAUAAGGUCUCAAAUAAUUGCAAAAAUGAUUUGUAUGCAGCUAUCUCGAAAUAGUAAACGUCUUGUGGAUUAAAAUGGCAAAGGGAAGUUAUUUAUCACACAGAGCAUCAGGGUUCACAGGUUUUUCUCUAACUUAAAUGGGCGCUUGAACAGUUUUACAUGAUAAAGUCAAGAACCAAGUUGUGUUAUUUCUACUGUUUAUCAAAUGACACAAGGGAUUUUUCUAUAAAGAGUUUGUGGCUAUUCAUUUUUUGUAAACAUUUAUUAAGUUAAAUCAGCCGGAUAACCACUGUUAGAUCCCAGUGUUCCCCUUUUACAGGAGCUCCUUACCAGCUCUCCAUUUAAAGGGUCAGAGUCUCAGGCCUCUCAGUCUCAAAAGAUUUACUGAAAGAGAAAUUCACUAACACUUGUUUAAGCUGGUGACGAGGAGACACACCUAGCUUCUAACUGCCUACUUCCAAGCCUUUACCCUGCUUCCACUGAAAUAGUGUAAUUCAGCUAAUCUUAUGAGAAAAGUUGUAUUUCAGUCACGUUAACUGCAGUUCUCCUCUCAUAAUCUGAGCACUUGUAAAUUGCUAGGAAUUGUUUGGUGGCUUUGUCAAGGCCCAAAUAUCUGUAAAAAAAUGCUUGGCUAGAGUGACCUUAAAGAAUCUGUAAAUUGUUAAAAAUCACCAAAGAAAUCCAUUUACUAUCAUACUGAGCAUAGAUUCAAUAUAGCAUUAAUCAAAAUACAAUAUUAAAGUUUAAAAGUUAAAAAGUAAAAAGAUAAGAGAUAAAAACUUCAGCUACCAAAAGUCAGAAUUCUGUUGAAAACUCCAAACUCAGUACAAAUUCAGAUAGUUCUGUAUCCACAGAAUGACUUUUGUAAUUAACAACAUCCUUACAUUUCCAGACACUACAUAAUAAACCUAUUCUAAAAGAGUUGCCAACCCUCACACGUGUGUGUGUGUGUGUCCUCCCAGAUAGCGCAUCGGUCUGGCGGCUCCACCCACCGCCACCGCGCACUCGCUCAGAGAGACACAGUGAGAUCAGAGCUCGUUCACGUGAAGUCGGUCACGCUCAGUGACUGACUGCCUCUUAACUAUGGAAACACAGAGUUUCUCUGGUCUCAGCUGAUCAGAGAUCAGCGCCUCAGCGUCUUGAUCAGAGCAGAAGCUGCAGUUGGUUUCUACCGAGCUUCAGUAUCUGUGUUCGCCUCCAUUCUGACCUGCUCUCGCUUUUUGUUUUAAUAUUUCGCCAACUAAAAUAUAUAUUUUUAAGCUAUUAGGCUGCAGCUAUAUGUUUUUAUUUAUUUAAAAAUAGGGUACUUCUUAUCUCAUACAUUUUCCACAAAUAUGGGGAGGACUCAAAUAGCCCUACAAAGUUCUGUGUUUAAUUUAUUUCAAAGUAGGCCAACACUUGCCUGUGUAUUUUGUUUAUUUGUUAUUUUGUUGCUUGUCUGUUUGAGUAGCUGACUGAAAGCAAAGAAGAAGUAGGCUUACCUUUUAUUGGUAACCUAACUGUUACGGUUCAUUGUUUCUGAAAUAAGAGGCCUGACUGCUAUGUUCACAGCAAACUAUAGGCUGAGUCCUUGUUUACCUGAAAUGUGCACUUUAUAAUUUUACUUUGUAUCGCCCUGUUUGGCAAUGUUGUUUUUCAAUAAAAUAAAACAUUUGCAUAAAGCAAACCAAUUCCCUUUUCCAUGUUGAUAAGAGCAUUAAAACAAAUAAAAAAUGAUGGAAAAAAAAAAAUGAAGGGACAUUUAGAAUAGAUAAAAAUUUGCGAUUAAUUGCGAUUAAUCGCAAAUUUUUAUCUAAGUGAUUAAUCGCGAUUAAAAUAUUUUAAUCGUUUGACAGCACUAGUUUGAAUUACAGGUGUGAAAGUGACCUGAGCCUCAUGCACAGAUCUAUGAAGGUAUCUCAAAGUUAUUAUAUGAUGCUAUUAAUUAAAAGCAUCUGUUCAUAUUUUAUGUGCUUUACAGUACAGUUUUACAUUCACCCAUUCACACACACAUUCAUACAGUGCAACUAACCACAGCACUUUGUUAUUCUAUGGGGGGCCAAUCAGGGUUCAGCAUCUUGCCCAAGGACACUUCGGCAUGCAGAUGGGUCAGACUGGGGAUCAAACCGCCGACCUUCAGGUUGGAGGACGACCACUCUACCCCUCAGCCACAGCCACCCUAAUAAUAAUAAUAAAUAAUAAUGCAAGUGGCAUCGGGUGUUUACAUUUCUGUGUUAUAUGAAUAAAUCACAGAGCCGAUAUGUUGAUCAUAUGCAGUGAUGUCGAAGGAGGCGGAUUACACUGAUGUACCAUAAGCUGCACUACUAGUCAAGAUACUCAUUCUGAGAUGAUAUAAUUUAACCUAAAAUUGAAUUUUAUUUUCAUUUAUUGACUGAAAUGUUUUGUUCUGUUUUUCUUGUAUAUGUUAUAGCAUUAUAUUUUGUAUUUCCUGUUGCAGAUGCUUCCCACCAAUAAACUCUGAGGGUAUUUAUUGUCAUAUUUAAAUCUUUUAUGCUGAAUUUUGCAUUUAUUCUAUUUAUUUGAAUAAACAGAAUUUUUUUUGUGAUAGUUAUGUUUUGGUAACCAGAAAUUGUCUGAUAUACUGUAGAUGUAUUCAAACUUAACACAUAAAUAUGUAAUAUACCAUUCGCUUACAGUCGUCACAACAUCUGAAAAUGUUUUGGUUUUUUUGGGCCUUUUUGUUUGACCUUUUUUUUGUGGUAUUUUUAUGUAUCUAGAAAUUUGCUUGGAUUUAGAAAACAGCACACAAAUACAUGUUGAGUUCCUCUGUAGUAGUAGUUUAAUGACAUAACAGAAAAUAAAUGUGGGAAUCAGCGGA